AGGAGACGUGACGUCACGACAAUCACAUGGCUUGUGAUCAGCUGUCUGACUGAUUGCUGGCUUCCAGGUUGCGACUUCCGGGUUGUGAGUACGCCGCUCGCUCGCUCGCUCCCUCGCGGCUUCUUUGCUCAACAAAUCAGGGAUAUACUGUGAAAUUUGAAAGGACUUCACAUAUCGGGAAGGCUGAAAUUGGCAGUGUCAGGACCUUUCAAAUUCGACAAGGCGGAGUCGGUCGGGGCCGCAGCCAUGAACGUCUCGGACAGCGAGGACAGCGCCUACACGGAGCGCACGGCGCUCGUCCAAUCGGAGAAUCCGGCGGUGCCGUCCUACCGACCGGACCGGCGCCCGUCCCAAAGGGUAAACAUGGUUUUGCGUACAUUUUCUGCAGAGCAGUCAACUGCGACGGACGGACGGACGGGGAAGGAAGGUUUGCCGCCAUACACCAGGGCCACUAACGCGCCCUCCUGCCCCCUCCCACAGGGUGGCGAUGACGAGGAGCUGAGCCUCAAGUACGGCGCCAAGCACGUCAUCAUGCUCUUUGUGCCCGUCACGCUGUGCAUGCUGCUGGUGGUCGCCACCAUCAAGUCGGUGCACUUCUACAGCGACAAGACGGACCAGCAGCUCAUUUACACGCCGUUCACGGAGAACACGUCGUCGGUGGGUCGGCGCCUCCUCAACUCUGUCCUGAACGCCGUCGUCAUGAGCAGCGUCAUUGUGGUCAUGACCGUCUUCCUGGUCUUCUUGUACAAGUACCGCUGCUACAAGCUGAUCCACGGCUGGCUCAUCCUGUCUUCCCUCUUGCUGCUCUUCUGGUUCAGCUUCAUGUACCUCAGCGAGGUGCUCAAGACGUACAACGUGGCCAUGGACUACCCGACGGCUGGCGUGCUGAUCUGGAACUUUGGUGCGGUGGGCAUGACCUGCGUCCAUUGGAAGGGUCCGCUGCCGCUGCAGCAGGCCUACUUGAUCGUGGUCAGCGCGCUCAUGGCGCUCGUCUUUGUCAAGUACCUGCCCGAGUGGUCGGCCUGGCUCAUCCUGGCGUCCGUCUCCAUCUACGACUUGGUGGCCGUCCUAAGUCCAAAGGGUCCGCUGAGGAUGCUGGUGGAAACGGCGCAGGAGCGCAAUGAGCCCAUCUUCCCCGCCCUCAUCUACUCGUCCGCCAUGGCGUGGACUGUGGCGACAGCGAGUCCCGAGGACGGCGAGCCGGGACGAGAGGCAGAUGAGGAGGCGGAGCCGAGCAGCGAGGGUGCGGCGGAAGAGGAGCAGGAGGAGCGUGGUGUGAAACUCGGCCUGGGCGACUUCAUCUUCUACAGCGUCCUGGUAGGCAAAGCGGCGGCCAGCGGCGCCGACUGGAACACCACCGUGGCCUGCUUCGUCGCCAUCUUGAUCGGUCUGUGCGUGACGCUGUUACUGCUGGCCAUCUUCAAGAAAGCGCUGCCGGCGUUGCCCAUCUCCAUCGCCUUCGGCCUCAUCUUCUACUUUGCCACCGACUCGCUGGUGCGACCUUUCAUGGACGACCUGGCCGCGCACCACUUUUAUAUCUGACGGCAAGUCCGUCGGAGCGCACUUUGAGCCCCGGAAGCUUUUUCCCUUGGAGACGCGCCGGGCGGGCACGGUCCAAUAAAAAAAAAGCAGCUCUUGCUACCACUUUAA